AUGCCUACUAGUACAGGAAAGUUUUCUGUAAAUAGUGCAUGGAACAUUUUGAGGCAGAGGGAGUAUGAAGAAGCAGACUUUAAGCAUUUGUGGAUUAAGGGGGUGCCUUUCAAAAUAUCUUUUUUUCUAUUGAGAUUAUGGAAAGCUGUCCUUCCUACAGAUGAUACUCUAAGGAGGAUAAGAAUUCCUGUUGUGUCAAGAUGCUAUUGUUGUACUAAUUCACAGCAGGAGACUAUGCAACAUCUCUUUUUAACAAGUAAGUUUGCAAUAGAUGUGUGGAAUUUUUUUAAGCGGGAAGUGGGAAUUCAAAUGAAUCUCAUUCAGAUCCAUCAAGUUAUCAGAACUUGGUGGAAGAUUAAGUGUGCAGAGAAAUUCAGACCUAUCCUACAUGUUGUGCCUGCUAUGAUCACAUGGGAGUUGUGGAAGAGAAGAAACACUAUUAAACAUGGAGGACGGGUGAGUUUCAAUAGAGUUAUUCAUGAGAUAAAUAGGAACUUGUACUACUUAACAAAGAGCAGAUAUCCAUGGUUGAAAAACAUUCCGUUUCUUUGGCCUGAACUGGUGGUAUUUCUUGAAGGAUAUAAACCUAUUUUGAUUUCUAAGAUUGUCUACUGGAGGUUGCCUUAUGAGAGAUGGUAUAAAUGUAAUACUGAUGGAGCAUCAAAGGGCAACCCUGGUCCUAGUUCUUAUGGUUUUUGUGUGAGAGAUUGGCAUGAAGAUUUGAUAUAUGCAGAAUGCAAUGAAUUGAGACUUAAUUCUAAUGUGGUUGCAGAGGCAAGAGCAAUGAUGGAGGGUCUGGUAUAUUGUGUAAAUCAUGAACUUCACCCACUGAUUUUGGAAACAGACUCUUUACUAAUGAAGAAUGUGGUUGAUGGAAUAUGGGAGAUACCAUGGUGUAUUAUCACAGAGGUGGAGAGAAUUAGAAGAAUGAAGGUUGAAUUCAAUGUACUAAUACAGCAUGUAUACAGGGAGGGGAUGUAA